GUCGUGACUCUGCUUUUGGAAGUUCAGUUUAUAUCUAAACCAUAUAUUUCUGGAGUCCAUAUACAUUCUCACACAUGGUAUAGGAAGAAAAGCACAUAUUUGUGAUGGCAGGGCAUUAGUGACGGCUUAUUAUUUUGCUUUACGUUGUGAGAAAAGAGGAAACGGUGACACUUCCUCAGCAGAGUGACUCAUAGCGACUGAUUGGUGCGUCAUAGCGUUCACGAGCAGUCGCUACUCCCCAUUGACUCCUGUUGUGUCUCUUGAAUCAUGUCGUUUCGGAAAGCGAUCCGUCUCGCGUGCGGGUUUGCCGGCGGAUCUGCGGUUCUAGUGUGCGCAGCGGUCGCGGCAGAUAAUCACGGUUACUUCGGAGAGCGAUGCCGAUUCAGAAAGACCCUGACUGCCCUGCAAGCAGCGCAGCCUGCGGCAUGGCCCACUACGAACGGAUGGGAUUAUAAUUGGGACAAACGUGACCCCUCCUCUAUGGUGAACGGGAAGAGAAAGGAGAGUGCUGGUGAUGGCGGAAAUCCAGAUGGGGAGAACAACAAACCCAAGGCCACACGCUACAUCUGCCUCAUCCGACACUCUCAGUACAACCUCAAGGGGGAGGGAGAUAAAGAGAGGAUCUUGACGCCUUUAGGACGUGAACAGGCUGAGCUUACAGGACAGAGAUUAGCAGCGCUCGGACUGAAGUACAAUGUGCUCAUCCACUCCUCCAUGACCAGAGCUACAGAGACCGCUAACAUCAUCAGCAAAUACCUGCCAGGUGUGGAGCUUGUAAGCUGUGAUUUACUGCGAGAGGGUGCACCCAUAGAGCCUGUCCCGCCUGUCACUCACUGGAAACCUGAGGCAGUGCAGUACCACGAGGACGGCGCACGGAUCGAAGCAGCGUUCCGCCGGUACAUCCACCGAGCUGACCCUAAGCAGAAGGAGGACAGCUACGAGAUUAUCGUCUGUCAUGCUAAUGUCAUCCGCUAUUUUGUGUGCAGGGCUCUGCAGUUUCCUCCAGAGGGCUGGCUGAGGAUGGGCCUGAACAACGGCAGCAUCACCUGGCUGACGAUUCGGCCCAAUGGCCGAGUGGCUCUCAGAUCGCUGGGAGACUCCGGCUUUAUGCCUCCAGAUAAACUCAGCCGCACUUGACGUUCUCAAGCUAGACCAGCAAGGCCACUUUACAGCCUAGAACUGAAGGAUAAUUGAGAUGGAUAGACGUUAGGGUUGCAAAGGCUUAAAAAAAUUUCCUUAAAUGUUCUGCUGAAUGCUGUCUGAAAUAUGAAUAUGCCGUUUCUGAUUCACAAAAUUCCAGAAUACGGAAUGUGAUUUCAAAUUUACCACUUUCAAUAGCUAGUUCAAUAAUAAUCAUACAUGGCUGCAAUUUAGGAGAACAUUGCUGUGAAAAAUGUGCAUUGCAACUCUACCAUCUGUUGCUGUGGUGAUCUGUUCUCCAUAAGUGUCUUGAGUGUAAUAAUUUUGUAUUUUUUAAAACAGACAUGUUAAGGAUUAUUGAUAUUUCUCCAAUUAGACACUCCUGUGCCAUGCUUUGUCUGAUCUAUAACAGUGAUGGAAAGGUGAAAAUAACCAGCAAGUGUACCUUUUUUACGUUUAUAACGAGGUGUCUUUUCCAGGAGCAUUAUGCAAACUCUGGAGGCCUUGAUGAGGCAGUUGGUGUCUGUUUGCACUGUUUACAUGGAGUAAUGUUAUGAUCGUUUUAGAGGCAAGGUAUGAGUUUGCUAAAAUGUGAGAAUCUUGCCACUGAGAGGUUGACUCUGUAUUAAUGUUUGAUGGUUGUUUGUGCACAAAGAAUACUGGCAGUAAAGUUUUUUUUCAUUGA